CGGGGCGGGGCCUGCGCUGCGGGGCGGGGCUAGCUCCGCUGCGCAAUGGCGAGCCUCCUACGCUCGCUUCUGCUCAGGCUCUUCCGUGGGUCGCCGAGGCAGGUCAUGCGGGGCAGCGCGGGGUCGGGAUGCGGGGACGCAGAAUCUCUUACGAAGGAUGAGCGGACUCUCACCAAGGCUGAGUGGCAGAAAAAACUGACACCAGAGCAGUUCUAUGUCACAAGAGAAAAAGGAACUGAACCGCCUUUCAGCGGGAUCUACCUGAACACCAAGGAGCCUGGAAUGUAUCACUGUGUGUGUUGUGACAGCCCCCUCUUCAGCUCGGAGAAGAAGUUCUGCUCUGGCACUGGAUGGCCUUCGUUUUCUGAGGCUCACGGUGCCUUGGGCUCAGAUGAAAGUCACUCAGGGAUCCUGAGACGUCUGGACACCUCGUCAGGGUCUGCUCGCACAGAGGUCAUCUGCAAGCAGUGUGAAGCUCAUCUUGGCCAUGUGUUUCCUGAUGGCCCCGGGCCUAGUGGUCAGAGAUUUUGUAUCAACAGCGUGGCCCUGAAGUUCAAACCAAGCAAACUCUGACCUUUUCCAGGAGCCUCCCAGGCCUCUCCAUGCAUACCGUUGAUUUUCAUAAUUCAAAUGGAUGACUUCUGUUUGUUGCUUGCUGCUGGCUCUAACCAAGUCACAACCUCUCUCUUUACAUGUCGUCCAGCCCGACUCCUGCUUGGACCCUGGGGUUUCACAGCGGGGCAGCCAUUUCUGUCUGCCUUCUGGAGGUGUGUGGGGUGAUGAGAGGGUGGGUGCUCUCGUGGGACAUCAGGCUGACGGCUAGGAGGCAGACGGUUCCUACAGGUGACCCUGAGUUUGCCAUUGCAGUUCAGUCCUGCAGGAACACAGAGGUGCCGGGAGCCCUGAGCUGCCCCAGCAUUGCAGAGUAGGUGUGGGGUGGAGCUGUGCUUUGCAAAGCAUACUGUGAUGAUGAGAUGUGUGAUAUAUUUGGCAAUCUUUUUAAUGUCUCAGACAUUCUACUCUCAGCCCUGCUGCCCCCAGGUCAGCCUCAAGGUGCCUGUGUUAGAUCUUGUUGAUUACAAUGAGCCAUUCACCCUUAGACCUUCUGGAAACAAAUUUUAAAAUGUUCAAAUAAAAUAUUUACUGAAA